AUGCAACACGUGGGUUUUGUGUUCGGAAAAGCAAAGCUAGCACCACGCCCCGAACAGACCAUUCCAAGACUUGAGCUAUGUGCCGCAGUGCUCGCCGUCGAUAUCGCAGAGUUAGUCGUCAGCGAAAUCGAUGCUCACAUCGAUAACAUUAAAUUCUACACGGACAGAAAAGUUGUGCUCGGAUACAUCUUCAAUCAAUCGAGGCGUUUCUACGUCUAUGUCAGCAAUCGUGUGAACCGCAUACGAAGAUCUACGAAGCCCGAACAAUGGCAUUACGUUCCCACCGAUCAGAACCCUGCAGAUCACGCCACUAGACCUGUGGCUGCAGAUGCUUUGGCUGGCACGACUUGGCUGACAGGACCGAAAUUUCUCCGGGAAUGUACGGACGCGCAGAGAGAGCGCACAGCCUUCCCACUUUUUGAACCAGAUCAGGACAAGGAAAUCCGUCCUCAAGUGGCUGUCUCGGCAACUCGCGUAGGAAAUCAACAACUGGGGGCUCAUCGCUUCGAGCGCUUUUCGACAUGGACAUCUUUACUGCGGGCCGUGGCAUGCCUGGUGCAUAUCGCUCGUUCCUUUCAUAACCCUUUGGCUGAUUGUCACGGAUGGCAUUACUGCAGCAAACCUCGAAGCGCGGAUGAGCUGAACGAGGCGAAGAAAGUAAUCCUUCGUUGCGUCCAACACGAAGAAUUUCCAGAAGCCGUCACAUGUCUCCGUACGGACGCAGCUCAACAAAGUCGCAUUUCGUCCAGCAACCCUUUGUGCGAGCUCGACCCGUUCGUCGACAAUCAGGGCGUGUUGAGGGUUGGUGGACGCCUACGGAACUCCGACCUCAACGAAGCGGAAAAGCAUCCAGUCAUCGUUCCGGGUCGCCAUCAUGUAGGCUUAUUGCUGAUACGGCACUAUCAUGGAAAAGUUAAACAUCAAGGGCAACACUUCACCGAAGGAGCUGUUAGAUCUGCCGGGUUUUGGAUUAUCGGCGGGAAAAGAUGCAUCAGCGCCAUGAUUCAUCAUUGUAUCACAUGCCGCAAACUUCGAAGAAAAUUGGAGCAUCAGAAGAUGGCCGACUUGCCUGAAGAUAGGCUAAGCGCGGACCCUCCGUUCACCUACGUGGGACUGGACGUUUUCGGCCCUUGGAUGGUUGCCUCACGUCGCACAAGGGGCGGUCUGGCCCACAACAAAAGGUGGGCAGUCUUAUUCACAUGCAUGGCCAUUCGUGCAGUGCACAUAGAGGUCAUUGAGUCAAUGGAUACGUCAAGCUUCAUUAACGCCGUGCGAAGAUUCCUUGCGCUCAGAGGCCCAGUGAAACAGCUCCGUUCAGACAGGGGCACGAACUUCGUUGGUGCCUGCUCUGAGCUCAAGAUGUCGGCUGUUGACUUCGAACUUCGUAAAGUUCAACGCUUCUUGAGCGAGCAAGGCUGCACCUGGAUUUUCAAUACACCUCAUUCCUCCCACAUGGGUGGCGUGUGGGAACGCAUGAUAGGCAUGGCUCGCCGGAUCCUAGAUUCAAUGCUUCUGAACGACGGCUCUCCUCGCUUCUCCCAUGAGGUCUUGACCACAUUCCUAGCAGAAGUGACCGCCAUUAUAAACGGCAGACCAUUGGUUCCAGUCUCCUCGGAUCCCGAAUGUCCCUCAGUGCUCUCCCCUGCAAUGAUCCUGACGCAGAAACCUACGUCGUCAACAGCACCUCCAGGAGAUUUUAAAAGUCUUCAUGUGAAGCAGUGA